ACUGACACAUAUUACAAACAAAAAUUCUUGUAUGUACGAUAAGUAAAAUCAAGAAAUGUUUACCCAUUUUUUUUGUAAUAUAUUUACGACUUAUUUAUUGCUGUGUAUACAUAUGUAGAAAAGAGUGGUUUACGUGUAAAUAAUUUUGAUUUUUGUGGUUAUUCGAUUUUUGACAUUCUAUUCUGCACAGAAUGAGUAACAGUGGUUUUGGAUAAUGUUGGACUGUUUUCGUUUAUAAUAGGUGCCUUUCUGCAUUUUAUAAUAAAGCUUGGAAUUUCCAAACCGUUACAGAUACCUGUUUUCCAACCUUGGACCUAUCACAUUUUUACUACAUUCUUGUAUUUUUGUAUAAUAACGUUGUGUGUUAAUUAAAUUAAAUUAUUACUAAUAAAUAUUUGCUUAUUUCCCGCUCGAAUUCAAAACUACGGUUGUUGGUCACCCUGCUGUUUGACAGCCAUUUAUUGACAUGCGAUUUUAAAAAUGGCUUAAAUCUUGGUUGUAUCUAAAGUGGAACAAACAGGCAUUAAUGUAAUCAAAAGACUGUCUUCGAACAAUUUGGAAUCACAAAUGAGCGGUGAGGCAAGUCCUGACAAAAUGGACAUUUCGGAAACAUCUGACACGUCCAGUCACGAAAUAAGCAAUUCUAGUCAAGUUUUGAGGUUCGAAUGCGAACAAGAAAAGCCCGAUUUGGAUAACGCAACAUCUUCAAUCAAAAGCGUGUCUUUAAACGCAACAAAUUCACAUCCGUUGAUGUACACAUGCACUUCUCCCAUUUCCCCAGACUUCCCCGACUUGAUUCCCGAAAAACCGAAAAGCAAACACGGGAAUUAUAAUACCAUCAAACAGGAGACGGGGGGUGAAGAGCUGGAAGGGUGUUUACACUUUAAUUUGCCCCCUUUAAACGAGUACAAUGAAUUACCAGAUUUUCCUGAAAGUCCCUCAGCUUUAAAAAAAUCGCUAAUGUAUGAUUUGCCUUUAGAGGUUACCACCAAUACUGAAUUGAGUGAUACUGAAAAUGAUAAGUCUGUUUAUGAAGCACACCUUAGUUCUAAUUUGCAAAACGUAUGUCUCACUAUGAAUGAAAAGGAAGGUAACUUGAAUUUUUUGGCUCACAAAAAGCGCAGCAAUAAACUCCGCCGCGUGAAAGUAAUGGAAACGGAAGCGAGCGAAGAGAGCGAUAUUUCUUCACUUGACAGCAUUUCCGAGAGUCUAAAAUCGGAGCACGUCUUUACCGGAGGACAGUUGGAAAUUGGUGUCGAAGAGCAAGACAAUUCUUCUGAACCCAUUGAGCCUUUAAGCGCAGCCGAUGAACGAAGACAUGCGCGUCAUUGGCAGCGGAUGGUGCUGCCAGGAGGCGAACAACGAACUAUAGACAUGCGGGUGAUUGAACCAUACAAAAGGGUGCUUUCCCAUGGAGGGUAUCUUCGAGCUGGGGGACAUACAGCGAUCGUCAUUUUUUCCGCUUGUUACCUCCCUGAUCGAUCCAGAGUUGACUAUGUUUACGUCAUGGAUAAUCUCUUUUUAUAUAUACUUUGGACUCUCGAGCGGUUAGUGACCGAUGAUUAUGUCUUGGUGUAUCUACACGGUGGUGCAACGAAAUUGCCAGCGUUCAGUUGGCUGAAAAAAUGCUACCAAAUGGUAGGGCGCAAGUUGCGUAAAAAUUUGAGUCAUUUGUAUCUUGUGCAUCCAACGCUUUGGAUCAAGACGAUGCUGUUCAUGGCAAAGCCGUUUAUCAGCUCAAAGUUCUAUCGAAAAAUAAGUUACGUAUCGUCGCUGAAGGAGUUGAUGGUGCGUGUUCCUCUCGAAGCGGCUGCAAUUCCUGAUAAAGUCAAAGCUUAUGACAGUUUACACUGUGUUACGUAGUUUAAAACACAACCGUCAUGCCUUGCCUAUCUAAACAUUCCUAAAGCUUUACCUUAUUGUACUUAAACCAGGCUUUGGUUUUGAUACAUCGAAUUAUUUAUAUAUUUAUAUCGUUUUGUGAAUUUGUUAUUUUAUUGAUUUUCUUUAUUUUUUUAAAAGAAUGUUGAGAAGUGGUUUACGUGAAGUAAUGUAGGUAUGUCAUUAGCAAUGUGUCUCUAGGAUGUAAUAAAGAGGGUAUUGUUGGUAA